GUCUCUGAGGGGCGGCGGGGGCGCUCCCGCCAUUUUCCCGCCGGUGCUCCGCCAAGCGCCACUGGUCGUCGUCGGUCGGUGUCGUCGGCCUCUCCUCGGUGCCGGGCGAUGGCACCGCUGCUGGGCCGCAAGCCCUUUCCGCUGGCCAAGCCCUUUCCGCUGCCAGCGCCGGCCGAAGGGGAGUCGCCGCGGUCGCCGGCGGCGGACCAGGAGCCGGAGCCGCCGGCGCGCUUCGUCAUCGCUCACACGCAGGAGGCCUUCCGCAGCAGCGAAGAGUACGAAGCACGGCUAGAGAAAUACAAUCAACGAAUAUGGACCUGCAAGAGUACUGGCAGCAGUCAGCUGACACACAAAGAAGCCUGGGAGGAGGAGCAGGAAGUUGCUGAGCUACUGAAAGAGGAAUUCCCAGUCUGGUAUGAGAAACUUGUCCUGGAAAUGGUGCAUCAUAACACAAUCUCCUUAGAAAAACUGGUGGACUCUUCCUGGCUAGAGAUCAUGACCAAGUUUGCUGUGGGGGAAGAGUGUGACUUUGAGGUUGGGAAAGAAAAAGUGUUGCGAGUAAAGGUGGUAAAAAUACAUCCUCUGGAGAAAACAACAGAAGAGGAGACAGCAGAGAAAAAAACCAAUGGGGCCUGUGAUUCCCCAUCAAGCGACAAAGAGAAUUCCAGCCAGGUGGUUCAGGACAACCCAAAAGUGCCGGCAUUGAAAGAAGAUGACAGUCGACGAGAGAGUCUGAGUGACCGGGCACGCCGAUCUCCUCGGAAGCUUCCAACUUCUCUGAAGAAGGAAGAAAAGAAAUGGGUGCCUCCAAAGUUCUUGCCACAUAAAUAUGACAUCAAACUGCAAAAUGAAGACAAGAUCAUCAGCAAUGUUCCGGCAGACAGCUUAGUUCGCACAGAGCGGCCUCCCAACAAGGAGAUCCUGCGCUACUUCAUCCGCCACAAUGCCCUUCGGGCGGGCACGGGCGAGAACGCCCCCUGGGUGGUUGAGGACGAACUGGUGAAGAAAUACUCCCUCCCCAGCAAGUUCAGUGACUUCUUGCUUGACCCACAUAAAGUGAGAAAUAAGUAUUUGACUCUCAAUCCCUCAACAAAGAGGAAGAGCACUUCAUCACCUGAUAGGAAGCCCUCCAAAAAGCCCAAGUCAGAUGGUUCUUCUCCAGGCCAGGGGCUGAGCCCCUCACUGUGGUGCAGUGUGCAUUUGAAGAAGCCAGUUCUGGGCUCCCCACUGAAAGUCAAGAAUGCCAAGAACCCUAAAUCUGCCACAGAAGAGUUGGAGAAUGUGAUGAAAAUUAUGUCACCUGGGAAACUUGGUAAUAGCUUCAACAAGAAGCGGCUUGGGAAACCCUUAGACCCAAAGCAGAAAAACAAGAAGCUUCUGAACGGGCAGAAAAAUCCUGGAAAAACCAGAUCUCCCAAGAAGGAGUCCAAGAUGAAAAUGAAGCAGAUGACACUGCUGGACAUGACGAAGGGCACAUCCAAGGUGUCAAGAGCCCCAAGGAAUUCAGGAGGCGGCCCCAGGUCUUCCACCAAACCCCCAAAACAUCUCCCACCUGCAGCACUUCACCUCAUUGCAUACUACAGAGACAAUAAAGACAGGGAGGACAAGAAAAGUGCCCUUUCCUGUAUUAUCUCCAAGACUGCCCGGCUGCUCUCCAGUGAGGAUCGCGCCCGUCUUCCUGAGGAGUUGCGGGGUAUAGUACAGAAGCGCUAUGAACUCCUUGAGCAUCGGAAGAACUGGGCUUCCAUGACAGAGGAUCAGCGGAAAGAGUACCUGAAGGAGAAACGGGAGAAGUUGAAGGAAAAGCUGAAAGAAAAAGCCAAAGAGCGUCGGGAGAAAGAGAUGAUGGAGAAAUUGGAGAAGCAGAAGCGUUACGAGGACCAGGACAUCAAAGGGAACAGCCUACCUGCUUUUAAGUUGGUGGAUACUCCAGAAGGGCUCCCAAACACCCUUUUUGGUGAUGUGGCCAUGGUGGUGGAGUUCCUGAGCUGCUACUCCGGGCUGCUGCUUCCAGAUGCCCAGUAUCCCAUCACAGCCGCUUCCCUCAUGGAAGCCCUGUGUGCUGAGAAGGGUGGAUUUCUGUACUUGAAUAGGAUCCUGGUCAUUCUCCUACAGACCCUGCUACAAGAUGAGAUUGCGGAAGACUACCUUGAACUGGGCAUGAAACUGUCUGAGAUUCCCCUCACACUGCACUCUGUUUCUGAACUGGUCCGCCUUUGUCUGCGCAGGUCAGACAUACAGGAGGAAAGUGAUGUUUCAGAAAAUGCAGAAGAGAACAAAGAUAUGGCUGCCUUUGAGGACAAUGAGGUGCAGGACGAGUUCCUGGAGAAACUGGAGACAUCAGAAUUUUUUGAACUGACCUCUGAGGAGAAGCUGCAGAUCCUCACAGCACUUUGCCACCGGAUUUUGAUGACCUAUUCAGUGCAGGAUCACAUGGAGGCAAAGCAGCAGAUGUCGGCUGAAUUGUGGAAGGAGCGGCUGGCAGUGCUGAAAGAGGAGAAUGACAAGAAGAGGGCAGAGAAGCAGAAACGGAAGGAGAUGGUUGCCAAGAACAAAGAGAAUGGUAAGGAGGAGAGCAGCUUGGGGAGAGGAGAGAAGAAGAAAGGGGAACAGGAGAAAGUGCUCAAGAUGGAGCCACGGGUGGAGAUGGAAGCAGAGGACAUGAUCAGCACCGUCAAGAGCCGGAGGCUCUUAGCUAUCCAGGCCAAGAAAGAGAAGGAGCACCAGGAGAUGCAGAUGAGAGUAAAACUUGAGAGGGAAGCAGAAGAGGAGAGAAUUCGCAAGCACAAAGCUGCAGCGGAAAAGGCCUUCCAAGAUGGUAUCGCCAAGGCAAAGCUGGUCAUGCGCAGGACACCCAUUGGCACAGACCGCAAUCACAACAGGUAUUGGCUCUUUUCUGAUGAGGUACCAGGUUUAUUCAUAGAGAAGGGCUGGGUUCAUGAUGGCAUCGAUUAUAGUUUUACGCCUCCAAAUGAGGAAGAGGAGGAGGAGGAAGUGGAUGAAGAUGAUGACGACUACCAGCAAGAGACACAGGAGACACUGGUAGAAGGCAGCGUUUUGAACACUCCGCAGGGGGUCCUGCCCAUUCCAGAAAUCCCCGUUGAGACCACAGUGCCCAAACAAGGACAGAACCUGUGGUUCCUCUGUGAUAGCCAGAAAGAGCUGGAUGAGCUGCUGGCUUGCCUGCACUCUCAGGGUAUCCGAGAGAGCCAGUUGAAAGAUCGGCUGCAGAAGAAGUACCAAGACAUAACACAUUCCAUUCACUUGGCCCGGAAGCAGAACCCAGGCCUGAAGUCCUGCAAUGGCACCCAGGAGCUCCUGAACUACUUGCGCAGUGAUCUCAUUGAAGUUGCCACUCGGCUGCAAAAAGGGGGCCUGGGGUACAUCAACGAGGCAGAGUUUGAAAGCAGGGUUUGUUCGCUGGAGAAUUUGAAGGAUUUUGGGGAAUGUGUGGUUGCCCUCCAGGCAAGCGUCAUCAAGAAGUUCUUGCAAGGCUUCAUGGCCCCCAAACAGAAAAGGAGGAAGCCUCAAGGAGAGGAUGCGGUCGCCAAGGCUGAGGAGGUGGAUGAAGAGAAGAAGGUGGCGGAAGAAGCUAAGGUUGCUUCAGCUGUGGAGAAAUGGAAGAUGGCCAUUCGUGAGGCACAGACCUUCUCGCGCAUGCAUGUGCUGCUGGGCAUGCUGGACGCCUGCAUCAAGUGGGACAUGUCGGCAGAGAACGCCCGGUGCAAAGUGUGCCGCAAGAAAGGUGAGGACGACAAGCUCAUCCUGUGCGACGAGUGCAGCAAAGCCUUCCACCUGUUCUGCCUGAGGCCUGCCCUCUACGAGGUCCCGGAAGGCGAGUGGCAGUGCCCGGCUUGUCAGCCCUCCGUGGCCAGGCGCAGCUCUCGGGGCAGGAACUACGCCGAGGACUCGGUUGAAGAGGAGAGUGAAGCUGGCGAGGAAGAAUCGGAAGAGGAGGAGGGGGAGGAGGAGGAGGAGGAGGACUAUGAAGUCGCUGGAUUGAAAUUGAGGCCCAGGAAAGCAGCCAAGGGGAGACAAGGGGGCAUAGCUGCGGAUCCCCCGAGGCGGGGCCGGCAUCAAGGCAAGAAACGGACGCUCCCUGUCCCCCGAGGGUCCCGGCAGCAGCCCGCAGCCGUCAGCGAUGCCAACAUUGAUGAGCUGGUGCUUCAGACGAAGAAGAUCUCUCGCCGGCAGGCCCUGGAGUUGCAGAAGUGUGAAGACAUCCUCAGCAAGCUGGUCAAGUACCGCUUCAGCUGGCCGUUCAGGGAGCCCGUGACCACCGAGGAGGCGGAGGAUUACUUCGAGGUGAUCAGCAGCCCCAUGGACUUCCGGACCAUGCAGAGCAAGUGCUCCUGCGGCAGCUACCGCUCCGUGCAGGACUUCCUCUCCGACAUCAAGCAGGUCUUCGCCAACGCCGAGCAGUACAACCAGAACGGCAGCCACGUCCUCUCCUGCCUCGAGAAGACGGAACAGUGCUUGAUAGACAUGCUGCACAAGCAGCUGCCUGGCCACUCGUACACGCGCCGGCGGUGCAAGCGGCCGCUGGCCCCGCCGAGCCAGGGACUCGAGGGGGCCGACGGGGACAGUGAUCCAGAAGCCCUGGAGUACUCGAGGGGGCGGAAGAGGAAGAAAUGAGGGGCGGAGGCCCCGUCGGAUCAGGCCUCCCGCAGGCUGCAGCCAGGCCAGCUGCCCCGGUGGAGCUGGGAGGUGCCCUGUCUCCCCCUCCGUUCGCUCUAGUUUAACGCUCAGCAGCUUCUCAAAGAGUGCGCGUUCCACUUGGAAGCAGACAGGUGGAGCAGUGGCUCCUUAGCAGUGCACGGACCACGGGUGGCAGGGCUGAGCGAGUGGGCCGGGCUGGAGGGCUGCUGCCUUCCCCUUCUCCAUUGUCCUCUUGGCGAAGGACGAGAGCCUGUGGGCCACGGAAGGAUGUUUGUAUCUAGGGGCCACUCGUGGCGUGGGCCAGCACUUGCUUCCCUGGGGCAAUCACUGUUCACCAGCAUCUCUGCAGACCAGUUUGGGCGACGGGGUUCCCUCCCCCUCCAGCCUCUUCAUUUUGGAGUGGCGGGGGGCUUGCUCCUUCCCCCUGUGGGAAAUAGCGUGCGGUGGAUCCUGCAGCUGUGCUCGGGAUGAGGAGCGUGGCUUCUCUGACUUUGUAAUCCCCUUUUUCUAGUUCGGGAAAGAUUCUCAUUUCCAGCAGUGACCCCUGUACAAAGAAUGCUUUGUAAGAUACAGCCGUCUUGGCUUUGACCAUGUACUGUACAGUUUAUAUGAGGAUGUGUUUGCUUUAUAUCUUCCCUGCCCCUCUAUAAACCACUUGUUUUUUCUUAGAUAAAGUAGUUGGAGUUAACCCAGGGAAAUCCAUCAGGGUUGCACACUUUGUAGACUUGCUCUUGGCACCUUUUAUAAUCACGCCCUCUCCACCGGCCCCACUCCCCUCCUCGUGUUGGAUUCCGGAUCAGGUCGGAGGCGGCUCUGGCCCCGCACAGGGAUGGGGCGAGCCCUGUGGCAGCCUGGCCCGCCUCGUGCGGCUCUGUGUGGUUUCCUUUUAUCGUUGCCCUUCCUGCAUUUUGAGGAGCGUUUUUCAUUGGUUUGGGACAUAAGGAUGCCAGAUAAUGAACAAGGCAAGGGUUCUCGUGCCACUUCGGCGGGUAGUGCAGCAAGUGAGAUGGCCGUGCGAAUCAUUUCUUCUUUGCGGGAAUUAACUUCCCCGGGUCGUUUCUGCCCAAAUAUCUCCAGGUCUCCAGUUCCCCUUUAGGCCAUGUUAACUGGCUGGCUGUAGCACUGAGGCCAAAAAAUUGUCCACCUUCUCAUUCUCCAGCAUUUCCUUUGUCGAGGUUUCUUUCUUUCUUUCUUUCUUUCUUUCUUUCUUUCUUUCUUUCUUUCUUUCUUGGCAGCCUCUACACAACAAAAAGGGGAACUUUUUUAAAUUUUGUUGUCUGAGGGAGGGGUAUUCUGCUAAGGGCUUUACUUGUAAUAAAUUGGAAAUACAAACAAAAACCA